UAAGGUGGAAGCGGGAGAUGGGGGGGACGAUGCGAUGUUUGGCCAGGAAGGUGAUGAAUUCCCGCGGUACAGCGCCAUGCAGAGUCACUUCAGCGCCCUGCUCCAGCCCGGGGUCAACAAGUUUUCUCUGCGGAUGUUCGGCAGCCAGAGGGGAGUGGAGAAAGAGCAGCAGCGGGUCAAAACAGCCGGCUAUUGGAUUAUACACCCGUACAGCGAUUUUCGGUUUUACUGGGACUUGAUAAUGCUGAUGCUUAUGGUAGGAAAUCUCAUAAUUAUUCCCGUGGGAAUCACCUUCUUCACUGAGUCGACAUCAACCAUUUGGAUUGUUUUUAACGUUGCAUCUGAUACCUUCUUCCUUUUGGACUUGAUAGUCAAUUUUAGAACUGGAAUUGUUGUAGAAGAUAAUGCCGAAAUCAUACUGGACCCAAAUGUUAUCAAGUGGAAAUACUUAAAGAGCUGGUUUAUCAUAGAUUUUAUCUCUUCCAUACCAGUGGAUUAUAUAUUUCUGAUUAUAGAAAAGGGAUUUGAUUCUGAUGUUUACAAGACUGCCAGAGCACUGAGAAUUGUGAGGUUUACAAAAAUCCUCAGUCUCUUGCGAUUAUUAAGACUUUCAAGGCUUAUACGAUAUAUACACCAGUGGGAGGAGAUUUUCCAUAUGACAUAUGAUUUUGCCAGUGCAGUGGUGAGAAUAUUUAAUCUCAUUGGAAUGAUGCUUCUGUUAUGCCAUUGGGACGGUUGUCUCCAGUUUCUAGUUCCGUUACUUCAGGAUUUUCCCCCUGAUUGUUGGGUGUCCCUAAAUGGUAUGGUUAAUGAUUCAUGGGGGAUGCAAUAUUCCUAUGCACUGUUCAAAGCUAUGAGCCAUAUGCUUUGCAUAGGCUACGGAGCUCGGGCGCCAGUGUCUAUGUCUGAUCUCUGGAUAACCAUGUUGAGCAUGAUAGUGGGAGCCACAUGCUAUGCAAUGUUUGUUGGUCAUGCGACAGCUCUCAUCCAGUCUUUAGAUUCAUCAAGACGACAGUACCAGGAAAAGUACAAACAAGUGGAACAGUACAUGUCUUUCCACAAGCUGCCUGCUGAUAUGCGGCAGAAGAUUCACGACUAUUAUGAGCACCGCUAUCAAGGCAAGAUCUUUGAUGAAGACAAUAUUCUGGAAGAAUUGAAUGAUCCACUUAGGGAGGAGAUUGUCAACUUCAAUUGUCGGAAGCUGGUUGCCACUAUGCCCCUAUUUGCAAACGCUGACCCAAGUUUUGUGACAAGCAUGCUGAGCAAGCUGCGAUUCGAAGUGUUCCAGCCUGGGAAUUACAUCGUGCGGGAAGGAACAAUCGGGAAGAAGAUGUAUUUUAUUCAGCAUGGGGUGGCAACUGUUAUCACCAAAUCCAGCAAGGAAAUGAAGUUAUCAGAUGGUUCUUACUUUGGAGAAAUCUGCUUACUAACCAAAGGACGGCGUACCGCCAGCGUGAAAGCUGACACCUACUGUCGACUCUACUCGCUCUCUGUGGACCAUUUCAAUGAAGUGCUGGAGCAGUACCCAAUGAUGCGAAGAGCAUUUGAAACUGUGGCAAUUGACAGACUGAACAGAAUUGGGAAGAAGAACUCACUCCUUCUGCAUAAGGUCCAACGUGAUCUGAACACUGGUGUUUUUGAUAACCAAGAGACAGAACUUCUCAAAAGGAUGGUGAAACAAGACCGGGAAAUGGUGCAAUUGAUGGAAACGCCCCUUAAUACAUCAUUUGGGGUAUUUCCUCCAAUUUCUGGCAACUCAACUUCUUCCCCAAAUUUGAAAACCAAUUCACCAUCUUCUCAGUCAUACACAAGACCACGCCAAUUGGUUCAGACUGCACGCAACCAGAGUUCGCCCACACCCAGCCCACAGGCAGCGAUGCCAUCACCCAGUUCUUUUAAUGCUGUAGUUUCCAGUCCUUCUGUUCAAAGCCCAUUGGCAGGCCGAACUUUUCAAUAUGGCUCACUAAAUGUGUCACAGAUGUCCUUGAUGCAGCAACAGCAAGUACACACCUCAACUCAAAGGCGUGAUUCUAACAAAAGUACACAGGGUUUGCAAAUAAGCAGCCUGAGCAGAGAAGCAAGACCUCUCUCAGCAUCUCAGCCCUCUCUGCCUCAUGAGGUGACACCAUUAAUUGUCAGACCACAUCCAUCUUCUGGAGAAUCAUUAGCAACCGUACCUACACCAGUCUCCACCACGCAAGGUGUAGGACCUCAAGGAGGAAUCCGAAGCACUGUUCCUCAUAGAGUGGCUCUCUUCCGGCAUAUGUCCUCAGGAGCUCUACCACCACUUCGAGGACCACAAGUAGCUUCGCCAGCCCAAAAAAGGGAGACAUCCACAGUCUUAAAUACAGAUACUAAUCAAGGAAGACCACGAUUUCCCUCUAAUUUAUGACCCUAAAGGUUUUUGUUCAGUACCGACUUGUUAUCGUUAAAUACUGAGAUUCUUCACCAAUGUUCUACAAGUCAACCUCAUCAUUCAUGAGGAUAGUCUUAUCAUCUUCUGACAGAUUGGACACUGCUGUCCUCAUCACAUGCACAGCUCAACGAAUGUAAAAUAUGACAGAAUAAAAUAUUAUAAACCAUAAUUUUCAGAGUUCUAAUUAGUAUAUCACCAGUCUUCCUUCCCCAUGGAUUUUGGACAUGUUGAAUUGUUUUAUAAACUCUUGUAAAAUAAGAGCAAUGUAACAAUAACUCGUCAGCUGGAUCAAUAUUAUUGUUGAAACAAAAAUCUCUUUGAGCGCACAACAAUGCAUUUCCAGUUCAGGACUGAGUUUUUAAAAGUAUACCAAUGCUGCUCCAUAUAGCAACACCUACACCAUUCAGUGUUUCUUGCUUGAGAACUACUCAUCAAGAUAUUCCGUCCUUUAUCAGCAAAGCAUGGAACAUCUAAUAUGUUUUGUAAUGAACUCUCAAUAGAUAAAUCUGUAAAUUCAGUUCCAGUGUUAUACUGGGUGAUAUUUCUGCAUGUUCAUAGGUGGACUAAGGACCAACUUUAAAAAAAAAUCAGACAUCUCUUCGAAAAUAGAAAAGACAUUCCUUGUUUCAGCUUCAAUGUUAAAUGUAUGCUUCAUUUUAAUGGAUUCUGCUAAAGAACAUUUACCUACAACAUGCAUAUGGACAAAAGAAUGCAUCCAUAUCUUCAAUGUUACUAUAAAGACAAAUUUGCUUAUUGUGGUAACUAGGAAUUUUUCAUUCAUGUUCUUUUUUUCCUUACUUGUAUCAUCAUUUCCCAAUUCAGCUUUGAUAAAAUAAAUAAAUUUGUAGGCCAGGAAGGUAGUUUAAAAAAAAUACUUUCAUAGACAUGGCAUCACUUGAUGUCAGUGAAUACUGUGCUGUGAAAUUUGCAAUAUCCUAUUUCAUUAAUUCAUUAAAACAAUGGUUUUAUUGGUUAGAUAACCACCAACAGAUUAGGUUAAACAGAUCUUUUUCCUUUAUUUUGUUUCUUUGUUUUCAUUGUAUUUGGUAACAUAUCGUUUGUUUAAAAUUUGUAGUUCAUAUGUGUUUUUAGAGAAAAAAAUCCAAUUUUUUCUGUGUAUGAUGUCACGACACAUCAUUAAAGAUAAGAUUUAAAGCCAUACUCUUAUAUAAUUUCAUUGAUAUCUUUAAACUCCUUAAUAAGUGUAUAUUGAUUGUAAACUGCUUCUACUUUUUGUUUCUAUAAACAUAUUUUUGAAACAUCUUUUUAAAAUUGUGAGGUCAUUGGUCUUAACACUUGUCAAGAAGGUCAAGAAAAGUCCUAUUUCCUAUCAGUGUGAUUCGGUUUUGUAUCAAAAUUAAAUCAGUCCUGAAUGUCUGAUUAGACUGAAAAUCACAAGCAUAUUUUUCUCUUUCAACAAAGCUACAGUAUUUAUCCAAUAGUUUUUCACACCUCAACGAAUAAUACUGUAGUUGUGUAUGAUUUUGUUGAAUAGUGAUACAUUAGACUGAAAUCAUGUUUAUAAUUUCAGUCAGUUUACCACAGAAGAGAAUAUGGCUUUAACUUGAACUAUGUUUAUCAUAUGCAGCACAAAUGGCUACAUAUUUUUUGGAAUGCAAAACAAUGGUUAUUACUAAAGGAAUCAGAUGGAACAAAUAAAGGAAAAUGAUUAUUUCAAUAGGAAAUUGUGUUUUGUGGGGUUCCUUUUUGUGUCUUUGGAUUCUUUUAAUAUUCUUUUGCUUCCCUUUGUAAUUAUUUCAUAAGGAUUAUCUUUGUAAAAAAAACAUUCAUAAGCUAUUGUGUGCCUAAAUUGUGGUCAUUUUAUAUUUGUAUGUAUGCUAAGGAAAUUUAAAAUGUUUUUUAAAAAAAUCACCAUCUUCAUAGUUUCAGAGAAAGCGAUUGGAAAUC